AUGCCACCUCCUCGGGAAUGUCGGUGUCGGGAAUGCUCCAAGUGGGAACUCGGCUUUCGUAUCAUCUCCUAUACCUCCUGGAGGCGACACAACUCGGGGGUCGCAGUACAGCAGCGAUUCGAGCUUCAACAUCAGCCGUUCCAGGAGAUUGAGCUAAACCAAGAGCCGAUCGGUUCCAGGUCUCCCGCCAGCAUAUCCCCAGAGCCUCUCUUCGCCGACGAAAACUUUGACUACGAUUUUGACCCAGACUCAGCGAGUGAGAUCGAGCCUGCGGAAUGGGACGCAGCCCUUUCAGACCAGCAUUCAGACCAUGACGGAGAACAAGCUGAACGGCUGGAAGAUCCAUUCGAUCUCGAUGAGGACGAAGGUAACGACGACGCUAACCAAGACGUCGAGCAAGUAGAUGGUCAUCGUGUGGUUCGUGUCGAGAGUUUAAGGAAACACCACGACCUCACUCCUGCGACCCGGUCCGCCUACAUCACGAUAGCAUACGCCAAAAUGUCUGGGACACCCGACCGGCAGGCCGAUCAACUGCUUGAACAGCUAACCGCCACGGCUCAGAUCGCUGUCGAAGCACGAGGAGGCGAACCGGAACCGGCCGGGCCAGACGAUCUCGUAGACUACCUCGGUUCCGACAGUCGUACCACAAACAAUUGGCGAACAGCAAUGUCAAGGCUCGGCGUCAUUGGCGACAACUACAUCAAACGUUACAUUUGUUGUCCUGACUGUUGGUGGCUCACGUCCUACGACCGGCUUAAUGAUCUGGAUAGCGCUCGAUGCGGUGCUCCUCUUAGCGAUGCUCAGACGUGCGAGGGUUCAAUCUAUUCCACCAUCAACAAGGCUAAAACUCCGAUAAAGGUCGCACCCUACGUACCGCUCUCUACGUGGCUCGCUCUCUACAUGCAAGAUGCAGAAUUCGUACGAAACCUGCAGCAUUGGCGCGACGAGUCUCUCGGUGAUUGGCAGCCCGACGUUCUGGAUAUCAACGAUCCCGUCGUGCAUCCAGAUGAAGUCAUGCGCGGUAUUUCGGACGGCUCGGCGUGGAGAUCAUUCGCUGGCAAUGUCUUGCGGUCGGUCUACGGCGACAACACUGUCCGGGACGAGCAGGUGGAAGACAAUCCAGAUCCUCUGUUCCGUCAUACAUAUCUGGCGUACGGUCUCCACAUCAUCUUGAACGUCGACUGGUUUCGAGUCAAAAACAUGCCUGGAUACUCGGUAGGCGCUGUAUAUGCCUCCAUCGCCAACCUCCCCCGCCAUAUGAUGUUCCGCAAAAAGUGGACGGCGUUGUUGUGCGUAAUACCAGGCCCUGAGGAACCUUCUCUGACGUUCUUGAACAGAAUCCUCGAGCCCAUUGUCCGAGAUUUUCGACACUGCGAGGAAGGGCUGUACAUCCCUACGCAUCCGAUUGGCAAGACCGCUAUGGGACGGGGCGAAGAUCUCGAGUUGGUGAGCGCUCGUCUCUUACUUACGGCCUGUGACCUCCCCGCUACAAAGAAAGUGAUCGGUGCCGUCAGCCAUGCCCACGGCAAGCAUCCCUGUCAUCACUGCGGGAUUCCGCUGGUCGACGUCAAUACCGCACGAGGAUACGAUUGGCGUCACUUGCCGGCAAAGGAAGUCAACCCGGAGGCCUUGCUACAGCAAUCUUUCCACCACGAGGACGCCGAGUCUGGACGUACUGCGAAAGCGAUCGAAGACAGAUUCGGCGUUCGAUUUUCUAUCCUAAACACUCUGACCGGGAUGGCACACUCCAAAACGGCGCCAGUGGAUCACCUUCACAAUUUAUACCUGGGAUUGGUGAAGUCGUUCGUCAACACUCUAUGUGAUAACGACAUGUUUGAAGGGGAGCUCGAGGGCGUCUCUCGAAUGGACUUGUUCGCCCAGGUUUUUAACAAGGCCCAGUAUCCGGGACAUCUAGGCCGUCUUCCCUCGAAUGUUACUAGACAGGUAUUCGCUGGACGUGCAGCUGGAUUGAAGGCCGACCAAUGGAAGCGAAUCUCACAACUACUCGUCCUGGCGCUGUCGAUCGCGUGGCGAAAGGAGGACUCCGAUGGCAUAGACGACGUCGACCUCGAUCCUGAGGUCAAGGCCGAAGACGGUCAACGAGAAGACACGCCAGGUUUUGAGAUCCAGCGUGGACCAGCUGGCCGACCUCGCAAAAAGAAGAAGCAGAGGAGAUCUAGGGAAGGCGAGGACGAUGUUCCUUUCAGACGCAACAGAGCGCUCUGGUACGCUGCUGCAGUUUCGCUCUGCAGCGGAAUCCGGGUGCUGGAUUCUCAUUUUAUCAGCCUCUCGGAUGCACAAGAUGCGACGGAGGACUUAGCGAUUUGCGCUCGAACGGUGCUUUGCCUUGGCGGAAAGUUGACGAUCAACUGGCAUAACGCCAUGCAUUACGCGGACCACGUCAAGCUUUACGGACCGAUCUCAGGAUUCGCAUGUUUCGCAUUCGAGAGGAAUAACGGCAGCCUAGCCAACGUCAACCACAAUACCAAGGAACGCGAUAUACCCACCACCCUGUUGAGAGCAUGGAUCAGGGAGGCAUGUCUCGCCGCUCUACUCCACAACCCCGCUCCGGAUAUCACUCCCACCGAAAGGCGAGCGAUCGAGAGGUUGUUGGCAGAUAAAGAGAAGGCACGUGGGACAGUCAUGCUCGCCGAAGUCCGAGAAGCCAACCGCACUGCACGACUUCCACCCCCUGUCAAAGUAGGCGUGGACUUGCGCGUUCACGAUCAAGCAUACGCGGCCCUGCUGCGGUACGUGACGUUGGCUCACCCCGAAUAUCGAUUCGUCGGGAACCUCGCAAUGCUAGACAGGAGACCUUAUCUGCCCGCAAGCUCGGAGCGUUACAGCCUCCACACUCAUGUGGUGUUCCACGGCUUCAAAUUCUGCUCUGCACUAUACAACCGCAGUGUACGAGAUCAAUUCGCACUGGCAACGGUAACGGAGGGUACCAGAGAUCUCGUUCGCCUACGCCUGUUCCUAACAGCCACCCUCGUCGUGCGGGACAUGCCUCAGCUGGACCUCGAAUUGGUCUUAGUGGAUGUCUAUCGACCAGCCGGACCGGACUCAUAUCCAUGGAGCUAUAGGAACAUCGACCUUGGUUACAAGGUCUAUCACCAGGAAGCUCUUCCCGAGGCCCGGUUCAUCCCCAUAUCUGCACUGAGUGCAUCGGUCAUCACCUCAAAAUCUGUCAGCUGCGCAGAUGGGAACGUCAUCGUCGCCGUAUCCUGUGAUCGGGACGGCGAGGAGCCAGAGUUCUGGCUCGAAUCGGAUGGGCCUCAGGACGACGCGGCUGCGAUUGGCGAUCAUGAGAAUCUAGCCUGA